AUGCUGCGUGUGAGGCCCCGCAGCCCCAGCGCCGACGCCGCGCCCUGCUGGGCACCGCAGCCGCCCGGACCCGGCCCUGCCAAGCGCCCCCGCCUCCACGAGCCCGCGCGCCCGGAGCCCCUGCUGCAGCCCGACCAGGAGGCGCCCGCCGGGCCCCACGACAACGCGCUCACCUCCGUGGUGUUCCUGGCCGCCGGCUCCGCCCUACAGCUGCCCCUGGACGGCGUCGACCUGCUGCUGGAGCCCGAGCCCACCUCGGUCCUGGAAGUGACAUUCCAAGGACACACCAUCAUCCUGGUUCCAGAGGGCCUCCAGACCUCCGCCCAGCUUGGCCAGCCUGGGUUCUCGCCCUCCAGUCCGCAGGAGGCCGCUCUCCAGGACCUGCCCCAGGACCACCUUGUCAUCCUCCAGCCAGGUUCCCUCUGUGAGUAUGUCCUAGACAUCUCCUACCAAGAAGACUCCUGGGAGGAGGAGGAGGAGGAGGACUUCCUGGAGCUCUGGAUGGAUCCGUCAACGGGUCAGACCACUGGGCUUCUCUCCUCCACGAGAGUGUACAGCCCUUGGCCUCAGGACCCAGGAGCAGAGCCCUGGCCUCUGGUGCCCUCCACUAGUGCAGAGGCGUGUUCUCCGAGGUCUGCCUGGGAUCUGGACACCUACCUGCAGGGACCCUUCCCCAGCUCACCGUUGCGGCCCCUGCCUCCAUCUCCUCCUCCAAGCCCCCAGGAGCAGCGCCCUCCGUGCCCUCCGCGGACCCCCUGCAAGGCCCGGAGGAGACUGUUCUGUGAAUGA